CUAAGUUCCUCUCCACAUGUUGAUGUUGAGUCAUUAACUGCUGGCAGGCUUGAUGGGUAAACCUGUUCUCUGUGGUUCCUCUUCAUGCAGGCAUGAUACUGGGAGGUCGCCGCAUGAGGCAGCCUGGACGGGCAUGAUGGAGGAGGCGGCCAGCCAGCUCGAGAGAGACCAUGUGCACAGUGUCUAUAACAAGAUUGCUCCAUAUUUCAACGACAGCCGCUAUAAAGCCUGGCCGAAGGUCCGACAGUUCCUGCUGGACCUGCAGCCGGGGAGCAUCGUGGCUGACAUUGGUUGUGGCAAUGGCAAGUAUCUCCACAUCAACAAGGAGGUGUUCAAGCUGGGGUGUGACGUUUGUCACCCCUUGGUGGACUUUGCCUGGAGCCAAGGACACGAGGUCCAGAUGUGCGACGGGCUGCACUUGCCUUACAGAGAUGGCUGCUUCGACGCGGUGCUCUCUAUUGCAGUCAUCCAUCAUUUGUCCACCAAAGAACGUCGUAUUCGAGCAAUAAAGGAGAUGGCUCGCACCCUUCAAGUGGGUGGACACAUCAUGAUCUACGUGUGGGCCAUGGAGCAGAAACGUCGUAAGUUUGAGAAACAGGACAUCUUCGUUCCCUGGAACCCAAACCCUCACUCGCCCUCCAGCUUCACCGGGGAGCACGCCAAACCCAGAAGGAGGGCCACAGCUCAGAGCAUGAGCGAAGCCAUAGACAACGCUGACAAGCACAGGAAGGUCCGAAGCACAUCUUCUGUGGCGGACGAGGAGGAAGAUCUGACCUGCACCACGCCGCGGCAGAGCACACACAGACUGUGGUUCUUUUCCAGGUCCCUGGAUUCUGUGUUUGACUUUGGGAGCUUAGCCGUCUCCCGGUCGUUCUCCAGAGACCUGAGCACUUUAUCUUCACCCUCGGGUGAGAACGAGGGGAACAAGGCCAGCCAGCGCGGGAGAGGGCGGGGCCUCAUCAAACAGGUGUCGAGCUUCUUUUUCCCGUCGCCUGUGAUUGGAUCAGAGGAGGACGUCUUUGACUCCGUCACGGACCUGCACAAGGGACUAAAUGAUUCUGGAGGCGGCAACAACAACAACAACGGCACACAGAACUCGAGUGUUCCCGUAUCUUUAGCCCGGGAGUGUGGCUCUCUGGCCCUGCCGGAUCUGGUCCCUUUCCAGAAGGAGCACCUGAAGCAGUCUGGAGAUGAAAGGAAAGGAGGGCUGCAGGGAAAAGAGCAGCAUGAAAGCACAAGGAGUCCUCGGGGGAGCGAGGGGCCGGUGGAGGGCUCCUGCCUGAGGUACUAUCACGUCUUCAGGGAGGGAGAACUCGCAGAGCUGAUACAGAAUCAUGUUGAAGAGCUUCAUGUCAAACACACCUACUUUGAUCAUGCCAACUGGUGUGUUGUGGCAGAGAAAGUUCACUUAUGGAAAAUAUGAUUGUUUGUCAUCAACUCUGCCUCAAGUUUAAGCACAUAAUCACACAUUUGAUGAUUAUGCCUUUCUUGUGACUGAAAAGUUAAGUUAAAAGUGUAGACAUUGUCGAAACACUAAACAAUUCUCUACUUUAGUGUAAAGUAAUAGUUUCUGGUAGUCCGAGAGCCAGAUGUGUGACAGACUGUUCCAUAUCUUGCAUUAAAUAUCAUUUUAGAUGGUAUCAUUUUAAUGGUUUUGCAGGAGUGGAUAGAGGUGUUCAACAAUGGCCAUCGUUGUGUAUACCACAUAUUUUUUAACUAUUUAUUCUGUCGAUACACAAAACCAAAAAGCUGUAUCCACAUGUCCAGUGUGUAUUACCUUUUUAGUAUCAAGCAUUAGUUUUUAUUACCAAACCACAGCGAGCUCCAGCACCACUAAUUAUUUAAACUCUUUUUAAUUAAAAGAGUAUUUCUGCAUGAGAGAUUUUAAGAAACGUUUCUCUCUUUGGACUUUUAAUAUUUGCCAAAGAGGAAUUUGUGAGAAUACAGUACACGCUUCCACCUGCUCUUAGAUGUUUUAAUGCGUUGAUUACAGCGUACAAUUCUUAUAUAAUGUUGUUUUAACAUGUCCCUUGACUCUGUAAUAUGAGCUAAAGUAUCUGUUAUGGACUUCUUGGUGGGACUCUAUAAGCUGCUCGUGUAAUAUCUCGUACCACGAUCAUAAGAGCUCAAAGCGGCGCAGAAUAUCUUCCAACCCAUUUGUGCAUCUGCAUUGUUUUCUUCAAGCGUCCCAAAGAACGUGCGUGUGUGUCCUUGGUGUUUGUAAUAGUUGUAUACAGUGUUGUGUUGAAGUAACAAAUGCACUGCCUCAUAUACUGUGAAUGAAGAUUGCACUGUACUACAAAUAUGUCGCUGCUAUAGUGAAACCUAUGGGCGGAGCAUAUCCUCAUCAGUACAGUAUGUGUGGACCAACUGUUUGUUCUUGAGUGACAUUGCUACCUUUUAAUGUCUUAUGUGACCUGAUGUUAAUACUUCUGAGUUUGAAUUUGUUUUUCCUUUAAUAAAUAUUUUUGUUCAUG